GGUGACUAAAGAACAGAUUACACAAUGAAACUGAAAGUGUUGACUUAAACAAAGAGGCUUUUACCGUCGUCUUACAAAGAAAGAUAUAAACGGAAAAAUGAGGAUUAUGCUUUCGUGUGUGACUCUGAUUCUUUUCAGCUUUAUCGAAUCUCGAUCAGAGCAUUUACAGUUGGUUGGUCCAGAAGAACCUCUUGUUGCUGUCACUCGUGAAGAUCUGGUUCUGCCAUGUUUUAUCAAACCCAACACCAGUGCUGUGGACAUGACAGUGGAGUGGUUCAAACUAAAUGUAGAAGACUCAUUAGUGCAUCUCUAUAAGGAUCAUAAAGACAGAAAUGAAGGUCAGGCUCAGUCCUAUAGAGGAAGAACAUCACUGUUCAAAGAGGAGCUACAGAAAGGCAACGCUUCACUCAAACUCUCAGCUCUCCGAGUCUCUGAUGAGGGAGAAUAUAAGUGUCUUGUUGAGGACAAAUCAUGGUAUGAUGACAUCACUGUGGAUGUCAUUGUCGAGGCUCAGGGAAGCAACCCAGUGAUCAGGAUGGAGAGUUAUGAUAACUCAGGAGGGAUUAAUCUAGUGUGUGAGUCCAGAGGCUGGAAACCUGAACCUGAGGUUCUGUGGCUGGACAGAGAAGGAGUCACUCUGCCUGCUGAAGAUACACAGAUACACAGAGACACUGAGGGCUUCAGUGUUAAACGCUGCAUCACUGUUUAUGAUUAUAGCGACUCCAACAGGUUUUACUGCAGACUUCAGCAAAAACAUCACAUGAUGGAGACAGAAGUUAUCAUCAAUAGUAAAGUCUUUCACGCUUGGAAGUGGAAUGUCGGGAUUUCAGUCUUAGCAUGUCUUAUUGCUGUUGGAUUGAUAGUAACUGCAGUUGUUUGUCACAGGAAAGAGAUGCAGAAGCAGUCCGCAGAGAGGCAGAUACAGAGGCUGAAAGAUGAGAUACAGAAGAAGGAUCAGUAUGCAGAGUUUGUAAAGAAGAAACAGUAUGCAGUGGAUGUGACUCUGGAUCCUGAUACAGCAAAUCCCAAACUCAUCCUGUCUGCUGAUGGAAAACAAGUGACAUGUGGAGACACACCACAGGAUCUCCCUGAUACACCACAGAGGUUUGAUCAGUGUGUCUGUGUUCUGGGAAAGCAGAGUUUCUCUUCAGGGAGAUUUUAUUAUGAGGUGCAGGUCAGAGGGAAAACUAAAUGGACUGUUGGAGUGGCCAAAGAGUCCAUUAACAAGAAUGGAGAGAUUACACUGACUCCUCAGAGUGGAUUCUGGACUGUGUGGCUGAGGAAUCAGAAUCAGUACAGUGCUCGUGCUGAUCCCCCUGUCCCCCUCACACUGAGAGAGAAGGUGGAGGUGGUGGGGGUGUUUGUGGAUUAUGAGGAGGGUCUGGUCUCCUUUUAUGAUGUGAAGUCCAGAUCUCAUAUCUACUCUUUCACUGGUCAGUCUUUCACUGUGAAACUCUAUCCUUUCUUCUGUCCUUAUUUAAAUGAUGGCGGUAAAAAUUCAGCACCACUGAUCAUCUCUCCUGUAUUUAAGACUGAAUGAAUUUUCACCUCAUAAAUUUAAUCAUCUAUUAAAUGUUGAGAAUAAAAAGAAAUAUUUUACAUUUUCUGUUUAAACUUAAUAAAUAUAUAUAUCAAUAUAUCAAAUAUAUAUUCUCUUUAAAGUGCUGUGUGUUUGUGUGUGUGCACCUGUGUGAGUGAGUGUGUGCAUGUGUGUGUGGGCGAGCAUGUGUGUGUGUGAGAGUGUGUGAGUGUGUGUGUGUGUGUGUGUGAGAGUGUGUGAGUGUGCAUGGGUGUGUGUGAGCGUGUGUGUGUAUGUGUUUGUGUGAGUGUGUGCAAGCAUGUGUGUGUUUGUGUGUGUAUGAGAGUGUGUAUGUCUGUUUGAGUGUGUGUGUGUUUUUGUGUGAGCGCUUCUGUGUUUGUGUGAGCAUGUGUGUGUGUGAGCGUUUGUGCGUGUUUGUGUGUGUGAGCGUGUUUGUGCAACCAUGUAUGUGUAAAUGAGUGUGUGUAUGUGUGUGUGAGUGUGUGAGUGUGGAUGUGUGUGAGCAUGUGUGUGUUUGUGUGAGUGUGUGUGAGUGAGCGUGUGAUCAUGUGUGUGUGUAUGUGAGUGUGUGAGCAUGUGUGUGUUUGUGUGUGUGAGUGUGUGAUUAUGUGUGUGUGAGCAUGUGUGUGUGUUUGUGUGUGUAUGUGAGUGUGAGUGUGUGAGCAUGUGUGUGUGUUUGUGUGUGAGCAUGUGUGUGUGUGUGUGUGUUUUUGUGUGUGAGCAUAUGUGUGAGCAUGUGUGUGUUUGUGAGUGUGUGAGUGUUUGUGUGUGUGUGUGUGUGUGUGUAUGAGAGUGUGUGAGAGUGUGUGUGUGUGAGUGUGUGUAUGUGUGUGUGUGAGUGUGUGUAUGUGUGUGUGUGUGUGUGUGUGUGUGUAUGUGUGUGUGUGUGUGUGUGUAUGUGUGUGUGUGUGUAUGUGUGUGUGUGAGUGUAUGAGAGUGUGUGAGAGUGUGUGUGUGUGAGUGUGUGUAUGUGUGUGUGUGUGUAUGUGUGUGAGUGUGUGUAUGUGUGUGUGUGAGUGUAUGAGAGUGUGUGAGAGUGUGUGUGUGUGAGUGUGUGUAUGUGUGUGUGUGUGUGUGUUUGUGUAUGUACAGAUAUUUUUAAUUCCUGCUUUUAAUCCUACAGUCUGUUAUGUUUAUGAUUCUAUGACAUCAUGAUUGUGGAACUUUGUCAUUACAAAUCACAUUAAUAAAAGAUCAUUUACACUUUACUC